UUACAGGAACACAGAAAAUAAGCAGUCAGGACAACCAGAAAGUAAGUUUUCUUCCAGGCACCGGGGAAGGAUUUCCCCCCACAAAUCAUAUUUAGAAGCAGAGCAGAGAUUUUCGAGCUGAACUUCAGGGAGAACAAAGAUGCAGACAAUGCGAAUGUGGUGCACUGUGCUCCUGGUCCUGCCUUACAUACAGACUGCACCUCCUGCACAGCAAGAAGCAGUGUAUGACUAUGAUGUGAAUGAAAUAUUUGAAGGAUUGCUUUUCAAACAACACUUUGAACAGUACUCAAAGGAUACAGAAACAAAUGAGAAAAAUGGACUUAUAAUAUCAAGAUUUAAACGUGACGAAGAUAAAAAAGGUGCUGCUGAUUCCACAGAUGAUUCAGAAGUUAAAGAUUUACCUACAUGCUUGGCGUGUGUAUGUUUAAGUGGAUCAGUUUACUGUGAAGAAACCGAGAUUGAAGAAGUGCCUCCUUUACCUAAGGAGACUUCAUAUCUAUAUGCAAGAUUUAACAAGAUUAAGAAAAUUACUGUAAAAGACUUCUCUGAUUUUCCUACUUUACGGAGGAUUGAUCUGACUGGAAAUGUUAUAGAAGAGAUAGAAGAGAAAGCUUUUGAAAAACUAGUCUUCCUUGAACAGCUUUCCCUUGCUGAAAACAGACUGACCAGGAUUCCAGUCUUGCCAACAAAACUAACUUCAUUCAAUGUUAAUUAUAACUUAAUCAAAAGCAAAGCAGUCAAAGCAAAUGCAUUCAAGAAACUAACAAACUUAGCUUAUCUCUACCUGGCUAACAAUCAGCUAGAGAGUGUGCCAGCAAAUCUGCCUGAAAGCCUACGGGUCAUUCAUCUCCAGAAUAACAAUAUUACAUCCAUCACGGAUGACACCUUCUGUAAAGCAAAUGACACUCGAUACCUCCGUACCAGACUGGAUGAAGUGAGAAUGGAAGGAAAUCCGGUGAUACUAGGAAAAUAUCCAAACAGUUUCACCUGUCUCAGAACUUUACCCCAUGGCUCAUAUUUUAAAUAAUGGGGCUUUAGCUAUGGCCAUUAUCACCAUCAACUUGCAA